UGCAACGCCAGGCGGAUAUGUGUCUUGCUAGUUUUUUCCGAAAAGAAAUCUUUGUUUAAAUUAUUUUUUUUUAAUUCAAACAAAUCUUUCGAAAGGAGUCCCUGAUAACUUGGCGUGAUUAUAGAUCGAUGACCAAUAAUACUGUAUCUACAUAUUGAAUAAUUUAUGUUUUUAACUAUAGAACUUUCGCGUUCUUUAAAAGAAGGUUUUGUAGUUAAAGAAUAUUAAUAGUUACGACAUGGGAGUAGUUUUCUCGGUUUGAUAUUUUGUGUAAUGUUUGAUAUACGUUAUGAAAUGUGAAAGGAAGGACCGGGCCGGACCUGAAGUUAGCCAGCUAAACUAACCAGGCAUGACCAAACAGUGUCAGUGACUGAAGAAAUGUAGCUCGAUGCCUGACAGCGAGUAGGUAUGUUAUAGUCAGCUGUACUACAGGCUAACACACCGAAAUCCUUCAGACAGUAUUACGGUAAUUUGACUAGUUAGUCAACUAUAGUGGUCUCAAGUUGAAGGUCUCCACUCCACUUUUGGGUGCAGUUUGAGUAGACCGUUAACCCCCCGAAAACCGCAUCAAGCUCAACUUCAGCAGAAUCAUCUCUCGACUUGCGGUCAAAUUAAAUGAUGACAAAGAUGCUGAAUAUUCUACUUGUCCUUGCAACACUAGUAGGCUGUGCUCUUGUUACUUGGGAUGGGGUAGGUGCAGAUGGUGUGUCACUCAGAAUAAUUCCAGCUGCAGAUGGCUUUUCGUUCAUCCGUCUAGUCCGUGGGGACAGUGACUGUGCGGGGCGCGUGGAGCUGCUCCAGGGGAAGCAGUGGGGGACUGUGUGUGACGAAGGCUGGGACCUGACAGAUGCUGACGUGUUGUGCAAGGAGCUGGACUGUGGGCUGGCUGAUAAAGCCGUCCGUGGAGCUGCGUUUGGAAGGGGCACCGGAGAGAUCUGGCUGAGGCACGUCAACUGUUCGGGCCAAGAGACGAGCCUGACGCAAUGUCCCAGGGUCGUCAACGGGAACCCCACCUGCACCCAUGAUAAUGACGCUGGGGUGAAAUGUUCAGGUACACUGUUGAUGCCCACCCUGUCCCUGCUCUCUCCUCACACCGUCUUCUCUCCCCGGGAGGCGGUUCGCUUCAGCUGUACUGUGGUACCGGGCCACCACCUGAAUGACUUCCACCUGUAUAAGAGGGGCAUAGCCAACCCGUUGAUGACUCAGCGGGUGACCUUUGCCCAGUCCAGGGUGGAGUUUACUCUGCCAAACCAGAAGACUACUCAACAGGGCAGCUAUAGCUGUAUGUACAGGAUCAAGGGUAUCCCUCCCUCCUCCUCCAUGCUUAGCUCUCCACCCAGCAACUCUAUCAACAUCACUGUGGUGGAGCUGCUCACCCCUCGGCACUGGUACAACACGUCCAUCGAGGCUCCCACAGGCUCUGUCAUCAAAGGCCACAGCUUCAACAUCACCUGCUUCACUGAGAAGCAGUAUCCUGGAGGUUCCUUCCAGCUGCGUCUGAUCCGCUCCAACGACACGGUACGCCAGUCGCUGCCCGCCCUCACUCCCGCUGUCACCUUCAGCUUCUCAAACGCACAGCUCUCCAACGAGGGCUACUAUUACUGCCUCUAUAUGGUCCAGCUUGACGGGAGAAUCUUCAAGUCCCGGGAGAGCCAACCGCUUCCUGUCUCCAUCAGAGACCCAGACCCAGUGUUGAGCCCUAUGGUGAUCAGCUGGCUAGCUUCUGCUCUGGCCUUCCUCGUGGCUCUCGUUGUUGUCAUCAUCUUCAUCAUCAUCAUCGUUGCCAGAGUCAAGCUCUGCAAGCAACGGGAGAACCCCUUGGCGCUAGAGCUAGAGACCAGAACCUGUGAGUCCUUGUAUCGUCUCACUCCUAGCUUUUAUCCUGGAAUCCAGGUUGGGGUCAGUUCCAUUUCAAUUCGAGUCAAAUCAGAAAGUAAACCCAAUUCCAUAUUUUCCUCUUUGAAAAUAAUUUGACUUAAACUCUGCUGGAAUCUUAACGGAUAGAAACACUGGUGAAACUGGGCUUAUCAGUUUGGGUUCUUGGCUAGCUUUGCUUACCACGGUCAAGUUAAUUUAGAAGAAUCACCCUGUAUAACCACUAACAGACUGACGCAUCUAUUUACAUGUCUGAUUUGACCAACAGGUGUGGACAACACGUACAUUGCCUUGGAUGAUGAGCUGGGCAGAUAUAUUGGAUAAAGAGAAGGCCCAUGUGUUUGUGAGAGAACCAUCACGAUGGAACCCACAAUGCAGACAUUCCUGAGCUUGACAACCUUCCUCAGGGAUGGGUCACAGACAGAGAUAGUGACGCAAGACAAGUACCAAAGCACUACGUAGUAGCCAUACACACGACAUCUACUAGAACCUGGUAGAAUCCUGCAUUAGAACAUGAGAACAACACUUGUAGGUAGAUAUGUUAAGCCAUCAUACAUAUACCAGGCACACUGUAAUGAACACUACAAUCAACUAACUAUAAAAGGACAAUGACUACAAUGACCCUUUGGGACACUGGCUUUUCUAGGCCAGUUCUCAUGACAAAAAAUCAGGUACAACUGACGAGACUGGACAUUAAUUCGACUGAGCACUAAGUUCCAAUGCCAAUGACUUUAAUUGUUAAAUGAUGGUUGAAUAAGACUAACGGUCAGUUAAACUUUUUCACUAUUGACGUCAACAAGAGAACAGCGGACACUUGUUGGACUGAAGAUUGAUUCACUUUAAGGCGUCAGCAUACUUCAGUUCGGCUAGGCAACCGAACGAGUGUGGUCGCGAACUCCCUUAAAGGACCUUCGCUUGAAAACAAGAGGCAGUAGUACUGUUUGUCCAGUUUGAGGCGCCGUAGCCAGCAUACACUUCCUCACAAUAGUCUGAAUUAAUCUAAGAUACAGUAACUAAAGAAAUCAGCAUUUUAUACGUUUUUUCUCAAGAGACUUUAGUCGCGUAUUUUUUAUUUUUUUACAUCUAACUAAGAUGUUUGGUGCAGUAUUUCGCAAUAAAAAUAAUGUGCAUGACAACAUGUCGGUUUGAAGACCGAAAAGCACCCUAUCCCCUCAGCAUUGAAAUUAAGUGGACACUUGUGAUGACGUGUCAUGACAAAAGACGAGUAUACACUUGGAGGGCGAGGGAGGAAGGAAUGAUUUUUAAAUAGACCACCCUUUGCCCGGAAAUUCGUCCCUCGUUCAUCCCGUUAGGAUUGUGUUUUCAGCCACCGGAAGCUUGUGGGUGCUUUAUAUGCGUCACAGUCAAUUAUGAUUGCAUGUCUACUUACAUUAAAUAUAUAAUUAUUAAUAUACGCCUACUAUAUGAUAGCUAGAAAGUGUAUUAGCUAAAUAACAUUAGCCUGCCUCGUUGGAACUUCCGAAGAAGGAAAAUGUUUUAUUUAUACAUUUCCCAAAAUCUAACCAAACAAAAACAUCAUUACUUUUAUGGGACAUGUUUGUGCCUUCAUGUUCAUUAGUAGAACAAUUUCGGACUUAUUUAACAUUCGUUUUUACUUACACUUGUAUGUUGACUCCAUAUGUUGUUUUAAUUUUUGGCAUACUUUUCUUAGUGGAUGUACAAUCGCCGCAAAUUAAUUAUGGGGAGUUUCAGGCCCCGAAGUGAACAUAAUUGUACACAAGCAAACUCGUCUAAAAACUAGGGGCUGACGUUGCAAACUUCCCUUGCUAAUCAUUUGGACCUCCCACCAAGAUGGUGACGGGGAUUCCCCCAAGGGCAUAAGGCGAGGGUCUCUUUUAUGAAUUGGAACCGCAAACGUUGUCUCGUUGAAUGACAACAGACUUUACUGAAUAAUCUCUGCUAUUGAUCAAUCACCGACGAAGGGGUUCGGUUCGCAUAAAAAAAUAUGUGCAUGAACAACAUUCAAAAACGUCACAGUUGUCAUAAUAUAAGCACAAACUUCCGAAAUGUUUCGGGUUGUAAGCAUGUGGAUGGAUGCUUUCAGUCUUGGCAGCAACCACUCCUGAUUGGUGGAGUAGUUUGAUAGCCUGGUCCCAGAUCAGUUUGUCCUCUUUUGCCACUGUUGGUAAGACAAUGACUAGAGGAGUGGGCAACAUGGCAUAAACAGUUCUGGGACCAUGCUAGCCGUUUUUGAUGAUACUGGUAUUCAAGCAAAGCUUUGACUGUGAAAUAAAUUUGUUCUCUUCAGGUCUCUUGUUAAUAUGUUGUGUAUUUACACUAUUAGUUGAAUCCAUUUUUUUUUUUUUUUACAAGAUUGUAAAUUAACACGAGGCUACAUCAAGGAUCAUGAAUUGUUGUUUUCACAGAUAACAGUCCAUGAUUAGUGAGAUAAAUGUGUAGUUAUGUUUCAGUAGAGGUGACCCGAGCGACCAUAGUUAGGUAGUAGUUAUGAUGUAGCCUCGGAAGCCCAGGAUCGGAUCGAUCUGGAAGUUAGAAUUUGCAAGACUAAUUGAUGUCCAUCUCCACUAGAGACCGACUAGCUGAUGUCCAUCUCCACUAGAGACCGUCUAGCUGAUGUCCAUCUCCACUAGAGACCGUCUAGCUGAUGUCCAUCUCCACUAGAGACUGACUAGCUGAUGUCCAUCUCCACUAGAGACUGAUUAGCUGAUGUCCAUCUCCACUAGAGACUGAUUAGCUGAUGUCCAUCUCCACUAGACCGACUAGCUGAUGUCCAUCUCCAGUAGACCGACUAGCUGAUGUCCAUCUCCAGUAGACCGACUAGCUGAUGUCCAUCUCCAGUAGACCGACUAGCUGAUGUCCAUCUCUAGUAGACCGACUAGCUGAUGUCCAUCUCUAGUAGACCGACUAGCUGAUGUCCAUCUCUAGUAGA